AUGGUGCUGAUGGGCAUCAGCGUCUUGAUUCAUAUAUACAAUGUCUGGUAUUUUACAAAGUGCUUCUGUCGGCCAGGAGCCACGACCGGCUUCAACGUUGUGAUGUUGUUGUUUGUCUUCUUGAUGACUCCGGCCGUCAUCAUCACCAUGAUGGUCACUUCUCCCUUGAUCAUGGAUACCCUCAACGGCACUCCAAGCCUCGCAACGAUACAAAAGUACACGAUCAGCAGCAAGGUCACCAACGUAGCCGUCGGGUUCUAUGGAGUCACGUCGAUCUACACCUCGAUCCGGAUCGUCAAGCCGCUGCAGACGCUGAUAGACCUUGCAGAUGGAUGGAUCGUUGUUGCAUAUGCCCUGGACCUGUUGUGCUUUGGCGUAUACCUCGCCUUCACUCUGGUGGACAGCCUCCGUCAAUGGAAGCGGAUUGCACAAUGCGGCUUUCUGUUCAUCAUCUAUAUGUCGUGGCUCUCCAGCACGUCAUUCUUGAUGUGGCAUCUCGACAAGUGGCAAGUCGCUCUCAGCUGCAGCUUCCAGCAACGAGGCAGCUUCUAUUCAAGCAGAGCGUCAUCCACGCUGGUGCUGUCUCGAAGUAUCCGCUAUGCCUACUUGGGAUUGAUAUGUAUAUGCAUCCUGGGGAUCAUAUGCCUGGGACUCUCAGCUUUUCUGCUGAAUCCAUACCCGAAUCUCUCGAUCAUCUUUGUGGCUGCCGGAGGCCCGUUUGUGGCAUCGUUUGUGACGGUGUCGCUGAUCAUGACCUACGAAAUCAUACCUCAGCGAGUUGUCCACAUCCCGAGCUCGGACGGAGACCCAUUGUCGAGUCCGUAUGCUCCGAACCAGUUCGACCUGAUCUUGGAUUCUUCCGAGGACCUUCACCCCUUCGACGGUCUGAACGGGGCCGUGUGGACACCAGGCUCCAGCCCGGGCUUGGCGGCCCCAGGGGCAUGUGGUUCAUCGCUUCUCGAUAUCCGUCCAAGCUGACAAACCAUCGCGAACCACACGCACUGGGACCAUCUGCGCACUGGUCCAAGCGGCAUCCACACAGGGGCGGCCAAUUCAGGCAGAUGCAUGGAACAGGCUCAUGGGCCCAUAGACCAUGCGAAGUUGAUAGGGC